AAGUCUCAUCCCAGGCUCUGCUUGUUUAUGGAAGCCAUCAUGUCCUGGUUCUUGGUCCUGAAGAGUCUCCUUGCUGUCUGCAUCAUCUCUCUCUUCUCUGUCAGCUCUGUGGAGAGUUAUGCUUGUAUAAGAAAAACAUGCUUUGAUGGACAAUGCAGUCGUUUUCUAAACACUUGCGAAUCCUCUAAAGGUUGUUUCUCCCAACGGCAGGAAUUUGAAUUCCCAACACUUCAAACACUUGAGCAGACAGGCUGCCCUGAAGACAGCUGUACUGAACUAGCAUUCUCCGCAACACUGGGGAGGUGCCGGACAUUUAGAUAUGACCGUCGAUGCUGCUACACUAAACAGUGUAACAACGGGAGCAUUAAGGUGUCUCCAAUAUCUUCAGACCCCAAUGGUGUUGAAUGUCCUGCCUGCUAUAGUGAAGAUGACAGAUGUAGCCCAGUUUCCCUAAAGUGCACGGGGGAGGAGACGACGUGUAUUAAGGUUACUGGCAGAGGAACCCAAUACCCCAUCGAGAUAUACGGCAUGGGCUGUGCAACCAGGACUGCCUGCAACCUGAAAAACAUGACGGUCAUGGAUGGCAUUCAAAUCAAUACCUCCUGUGUCAGUGGGAGCUCGUCGCUGCAAAUCAAUACCUCCUAUUCCCAGACUCCAGCUCAUGAAGUGAAGCACAUCCAGUUUGUGCCACCUCAGAUAACCCAGUGUAGAAACUCUCUCACAGAGAAGCCCAGAGAUUUGUCUUCAAGAUAUGAGCUCUCAGUGACUGCUCGAACACCAUGCCUGCUGGCAGCCAUGCUCCCUGUCAUGAUGAUCAUGGAGUCAUCCUCUGAAAUUGAGUCCUCAAUAAACUCUUUCUUUUAG